AUGACUGCGGAGGCAGACCCGCAACUGGGCAGCUUAACCGUCUUCAGCAAGGAGGAUUUCGAAGAGGACUGGGUUAAGGUGGCCAGCGGAGGCUUUGGGUGCGUGUACCAAGUCAAGCACAGGAGGUGGAGGACGGUCUAUGCGGUGAAAUGCUCGCCGUACCUGCUGCAGGACUCCAGCGCGGAGAGAACCAGUGUGAACUGUCUAAUGGAAGAGGCAACCAAGAUGGAAAAAAUCAAAUUCCAGCACAUUGUCACUGUCUAUGGGGUCUGCAACAGCCCUCUGGGCAUAGUGAUGGAAUAUAUGGCCAGAGGGUCCUUGGAGAAAAUUCUCCCCACUCACAAAAUGUCAUGGCAGCUCAAAUUCCGGGUUAUCCAUGAGAUGGGCUUGGCUAUGAAUUUCCUGCACAGCAUGACACCUCCUUUGCUUCACUUAGAUCUAAAGCCAGGGAACAUUCUCCUAGACGGGAAUAUGCAUGUCAAGAUCUCAGACUUCGGGCUCUCCAAAUGGAUGGAGCAGUCGAGCCGAAUGCAAUACAUUGAAAGCUCUGCUCUGAGAGGCACUUUGAGCUACAUCCCCCCAGAAAUGUUCCUCCAGAACACCAAGCCCCCAGGAAUCAAAUACGAUGUGUACAGCUUCGGAAUCGUCAUUUGGGAGGUGCUUAUGCAGAAGAAACCUUAUGCAGGAGCCAACAUGAUGGCCAUUAUAGUCAAGGUUGCAGCAGGAAAGAGGCCCUGCCUGGAGCCCACCAGCGACGACUGGCCAGGGGAGUGCCAGCAGAUGGUAGACUUGAUGAAGAGGUGCUGGGACCAGGACCCUAAGCAGCGGCCAAGCUUUACAGAUAUCCCUGUGGAAACAGACAUGCUGCUGUCCCUGAUACAAAGCCUCGUCGUAGAUCCGGAGAACGAGCGCCUUGUCAGGAAGAUGUCCCACAAGCCUGCCAUCUCGGGGAGCCAGCAGAGUGACAAAGAAGAGUUUAUCUUCUCCCAAGUCCCCAGAAGUGCUGAAACGGGUAAAGAGGAGGUCUGUGUGCCGCCUUCUCAGGGUGAGACCGAAAGUCCCGAGGACAUCCUGUCCGAGGAGAUCUGCAGAGUCCACGACAACGGCCUCACGCUGCUUCACGUCAUGGUGAUCCAGGGAGACGUGGACAAGGUGAAGUUUCUCCUGAGCUGUAAAGCCAACGUGAACAGCCAGGCAGUCUGCGGCUACACCCCGCUCAUCAUGGCUGUUCAGAGGAGGUCCCCGGACAUCUGCUCGGUGCUGAUAGAGCACAAUGCAGACAUCAACAUGCCCGAUGAGGAUGGCUGGACGCCUCUUCACUUCGCAGCUCAGAAUGGGGACGACAGAAUUGUCCGCCUCCUGCUGGACCACCAGGCACAGGUAAAUGCUCAGGAGCACGAUGGGUGGACCCCCCUGCACUUGGCAUCACAGAACAACUUUGAGAACGUGGCCCGAGUGCUGCUGUCGCGCCAGGCUGACUCCAACACCCAGGAGGUAGACGGGAAAACGGCCCUCCAUGUGGCAGCUUGCUUUGGGCACGUCAGCUUGGUCAAACUCCUUGCCAGCCAAGGAGCAGACCUGGAGAAGAAGCAGAAGAACCACAGGACGCCGCUUCAUGUCGCGGUGGAGCGGGGGAAGUUCAGGGUCGUCCACUACUUGCUGAAGAACGGGGCCUCUGUCAACAGCCUGGAUCAAAACCACUACAGUGCCCUGCACCUGGCUGUGGCCAGGGGGAAGUACCUCAUCUGCGAGAAGCUCAUCAAAUAUGGAGCCAACGUGGAGCUGAGGACGGACAAAGGCUGGACCCCGCUGCACCUGGCUUCUUUCAAAGGGCACAUCGAAAUCAUCCACCUGCUGAAGGACAGCCACGCCAAGCUGAACGCCAGAGGAAGCAUGGACUGGACGCCACUUCACCUGGCCACUCGCUACAGCGAAGAGCCGGUGGUCUGCGAGCUGCUGAGAUGUGGGGCAGACCCCAACAUCGCUGAGAAGUCGGAGUGGGCCCCCCUGCAUUUUGCAGUCCAGCGGGGCUCCUUUCUGACCGUCAUCAACCUGCUGGAGUGCAGGGCAGAUGUCAAUGCUAAGAACAAAGUGGGCUGGACACCGUUGCACCUUGCUGUCCUCAAGGGCAAUAUGGCCAUUAUCAAGACCUUGAUUAAGGCCGGUGCUCUGCUGGAUGUGGAAGAUAUUACUGGCUGUACAGCCCUCCAGUUGGCAAUUAGACAUCAGAAGGAAAAUAUCAUUACGCUGCUCCAAGGCAAGGACUCACUGAUGAAUAAAUUAGGGAAUAGGACUCUGGUGAAUGAUGCAAAGAUUUCAAGACCCAGAUUUGUUCCAAGAAGGACAGAUUUGUAG